GGGGCGAUGACGCGCGGGCCACGUCACAAAGCGCGUCCUGUGAGCGCAGCGCCGAAGGUUCCGUCACAGGCCCGGAAGGCGGGCAGCGUCCACCGCGAAUACGCGGCGCCCUCUGCAGGCCGCACGCAACGACGCACUGGAGCCCCGCCUCAACCCUAAGUAUCGCGAGAUCUGGAGACGCGGCUACCAUGGCUGCGACGUUUGAAGCCCCGGCGGCCUUGACAACGGUGGAGACCGCGAUGCCCGUGGAGUGUGUGGCUGCGCCUGCCCCGACUGCGGAGCCAGCUCCCGGGGCCUUGAGGAGCCUGCGGACCGCUCACGACAUCAGCGGGCCGCGGACGCGCACGUGGGACGUGGUGCUGGCGGAGCCCGCGGACUUCGAGUCUCUGCUGCUGUCGCGGCCGGUGCUGGAGGGGCUGCGGGCUGCCGGCUUCGAGAGGCCUUCACCGGUGCAGCUCAAGGCCAUCCCGCUGGGGCGCUGCGGGCUGGAUUUAAUAGUUCAAGCUAAGUCUGGCACUGGGAAAACAUGUGUUUUUUCCACCAUUGCUCUGGACUCGCUUAUUCUUGAAAACUAUAGUACACAGAUUUUGAUUUUGGCUCCCACAAGAGAAAUUGCUGUACAGAUACAUUCUGUUAUCACAGCCAUUGGAAUAAAAAUGGAAGGCCUGGAAUGUCAUGUCUUUAUUGGAGGAACUCCAUUAUCACAAGACAAAAGCAGACUUAAAAAGUGUCAUAUUGCUGUUGGAUCUCCUGGCAGAAUUAAACAACUCAUAGAACUUGACUACUUGAAUCCAGGCAGUGUACGUCUCUUUAUUCUUGAUGAAGCAGAUAAGCUUUUAGAAGAAGGCAGCUUCCAGGAUCAAAUAAAUUGGAUUUAUUCUUCUUUACCUGCCAGUAAACAGAUGUUGGCAGUAUCAGCUACUUACCCUGAAUUUUUGGCUAAUGCUUUGACAAGGUAUAUGAGAGAUCCCACUUUUGUAAGACUGAAUUCUAGUGAUCCAAGUCUAAUAGGUUUGAGGCAGUAUUACAAAGUUGUCAGUUCAUACCCUUUGGCCCAUAAGAUUUUUGAGGAAAAGGCUCAACACUUAGAAGAACUUUUCAGCAGAAUCCCAUUUAAUCAAGCCUUAGUGUUUUCUAAUCUGCACAGCAGAGCUCAGCAUUUGGCUGAUAUCCUUUCUUCUAAAGGUUUUCCUACUGAAUGUAUUUCAGGCAACAUGAAUCAGAAUCAGCGCCUUGAUGCUAUGGCUAAACUGAAGCAGUUUCAUUGCAGAGUCCUCAUUUCUACAGAUUUGACUUCCCGUGGAAUCGAUGCCGAGAAGGUGAAUCUGGUUGUAAAUCUGGAUGUACCAUUGGACUGGGAGACAUAUAUGCAUCGGAUUGGCAGAGCUGGCCGUUUUGGUACUUUGGGACUGACAGUGACCUACUGUUGCAGGGGAGAAGAAGAAAAUGCGAUGAUGAACAUUGCACAAAAAUGUAAUAUUAACCUUCUCCCUUUACCAGAUCCUAUUCCCCCUGGUCUCAUGGAAGAAUGCUUGGAUUGUGAUGUGGAGGUUAAAGCUGCUAUGCAUACAUACAGCUUACCAAGUCUGCCUACCCAGUCCUCUAAAAAGCAAAUUAAAAAACUAGAGCGAGCCUUCCAAACUCAGAAAGCUCAUGAUAACCAAAUGACUUCUAGAAAUACUGUGUCUGCAUUAUCAGCCAAAUCAAAAAAUAAUAUUAAACAAAAACUUCCCAUGAAAAGCCACUCAGAGUGUGGGAUCACAGAACAAGCAGUUUCACCCAAAGAAUUGGGCUGUACCAUACAAUCGGAAGACCAAGUGAAGAAUUCUGUUCAGACCCCUGUUGAGGACUCCACCGUCAACCAGCACCAGGCCAAAGAAGUGCUGCCUGCUUCACUCCCUAAAAUUCCAUGUCUGUCUUCGUUUAAAAUCCAUCAGCCAUGCACUUUGACUUUUGCAGAGCUGGUGGAGGAUUAUGAACACUAUAUUAAAGAGGGGUUAGAGAAACCUGUGGAAAUUAUCAGGCACUACACAGGUCCUGGGGAUCAGACUGUGAAUCCUCAGAAUGGUUUUGUGAGAAAUAAGGUUUCUGAAGAUAGAGCACAGAUACUGGCUAGUAGUAGCCAGUCUGGAGACUCAGAAAAUGAUAGUGAUUCUUGCAGCUCAAGGACUUCUUCCCAGAGCAAAGGCAAUAAGUGUUUCUUGGAAGGCUCUUCUGAUACUCAGUUCAAAGACUCUGAAUGUAUGCCUGUGGAUGGCCACAUCUCUUUGGAACGGCCUCUGAAUGGGAAUGACAUCCCUACUCCAAGGGAAUAUGAAGAAUCUCCUAAAAUCCAGGUAAAGGCAAGGCCUAAAGAGGGAUCUAACCAAAGAUCUAAGCAGAGCCGGAGAAACCCAAGACGCUCCUCAUACAGAGUACAGACAGAACCUCAGGAAGAGGGCUGGUAUAACUGCCACAAGGAAACAAAUCCGAGUUUUUCUGAUACCUACCAGGAUUAUGAGGAGUACUGGAGAGCUUAUUACCAGGCAUGGCAGGAAUAUUAUGCUGCAGCGUCUCAGUCAUACUAUUGGAAUGUGCAGAGACAUCCGAGCUGGAUGACUGCUUAUCAUAUGAAUACAGUUUAUCUACAAGAAAUGAUGCGUGGUAACCAGUGAUUUUAGGAUGGACCUGAGAUGAUCAGAACUUGGUGUUCUUCAUUUAGGGUGGAGUGGUGUAUAAUAGCAUUUUUUGAGGAACUUGAGACCUGAAACUCUACUGGGAUGCAACUGUUUUUCAUAUUAUUUUGACUUGGUUCAGGCAUAGUACCCCCUUUUAUUCCCCAAUUUUAUCAGAUUUGCAAAAGGGAAUUUUGGGGAUGUAGAUCUAAAGACCCUAAGGUGCCACUUUCUGUAAGCUGUUCCCAAAAGAAACCUUUAAAAGAUGACAUGUAUACCACUCUUUAAAAAAUAAAUAAGAUUUGAAAGUAAUGGUAGUUUUAUCUGGAGUCCUUUAUGAAAGGAUUGUGUUCCAUAUUUCUGUAUUCUUGUGGAAAUUUGUAUCAUGAUAGAUACCUUUUAAGGUUAGGCAGGAAGGGAUAUUUAAAGUUAUCUUCAGAUUUUUCCAAUGGUACUUGAUGUGAUAUUUGCUUCCAGUAAAAAUUUUGUUACCAAUAAAAACAUUUAGCUGA